UGCGCAGACUCAGUGCGCUCUUCCUCGGCCCUGCUAACAUGAUGGUGGUAAAAAUGCAAUUGAUACUGGGUGUACUUUUAUUUCUAAAUCUUUGUUGCAGUCUCGUUUCUGCACUGUACUUUCACAUCGGCGAGACUGAAAAGAAAUGCUUCAUAGAAGAAAUUCCGGAUGAAACCAUGAUAAUCGGAAACUACCGAACACAGCUGUAUGACAAGCAGUCAGAAUCAUACCUGCCUGCCACACCGGGGCUUGGAAUGUUUGUGGAAGUUAAAGAUCCUGAUGAGAAGGUGAUCCUGUCUCGUCAGUAUGGAUCAGAAGGCCGGUUUACCUUCACCUCACACACACCUGGAGAACACCAGAUCUGUUUGCAUUCCAAUUCCUCCAAGUUUUCUCUCUUUGCUGGUGGAAUGCUUCGCGUUCAUCUGGACAUCCAAGUGGGCGAGCAUGCAAAUAACUAUGCUGAGAUCGCCGCAAAGGAUAAACUGACCGAGCUGCAGCUAAGAGUGCGCCAACUGGUGGAGCAGGUUGAUCAGAUCCAGAAAGAGCAGAACUAUCAGAGAUACCGUGAAGAACGCUUCAGGCAGACCAGCGAGAGCACCAACCAGAGAGUCCUGUGGUGGUCGAUUGUCCAGACACUGAUCUUGGUGGCUAUUGGUUUCUGGCAGAUGCGACAUCUUAAGAGCUUCUUUGAAGCCAAGAAAUUAGUGUAAAUCGUAUGUAUGUGUGUCAGUGUUUUCGAUUCAGUAUGCAGUAUACAGCUGAUUGAGAAGUCAAGUCUAGACUGCUGAAAUGAACCUAAAAUUUCUCCCAGAUGUGCAUUGAGAUUAUUUCAACAUAUUUUUGUUUUCUAUGCCACUCGCCUCUCAACUGUGCAUCACUUGGUGUCCUUAGGCCAAAACCACAUAACAUUUAUUUUGAGAGGAGUUCUUUUUUUUUUUUUGCCCACUCUGAGUGAAAUCAGCCAUUACAAAACAAUUCACAAUAUGACCUAAUUUUUAUUUGUAAUUUUUUUUUUUUUUGAGUAUGGUAUUAGGACUUUUGUUUAAAGUCGUCCUACACUGAAGAUGCACGCAUUUAUCUUAGACAUGCAUUCAACACUCAGAUUCGGUUGCUUUGUGUACAACUGUCUUUGUUGGCUAGGGAUUAGUGACUUAUGUUCAUUUUGGUUAUUUCAGUGUGAAUAAUACUUUUAUUUAACAUUCAUUUGUUCCAUUAGUUUGAGCUAUUUUUCAGCCUAAAUGUCAAGCCGUGUGGGUUUAGAAGGUUGUUUACAGCUCUUGUAGCUUUUCUGCACGCAACAGCACAGACACCAGACGAGACCAGAUCUUUUUUUUUUUUUUUUUUUCCACCAUUUGCAUUACAUAAUGUGUUGAGGGAAAACCUACAUGUUUGUUGUUUGAUACUGUUUGGGCUUUGAACUUAAAUUUCUGAUUCUUUUGAGGGGGAGACAGAAUUAUAACAUUCUAUUAACUGUAAUAACUGUUUUCUAGAACAAUAUUUGGCUAAUUGGAGGAUCAAGUCACUCAUUUGGUUUGUUUAGAAUUCAAUGUCUUAUCCCUUUAUUUUAAUCAUCUUGUCAAUUUAUUUUCCUGUGUGCCCAGAUACUCAGUUGUUGCUGAAUUCAAUACAAAUGUCCCCUACUUUAAUGAAGAGCUGCAAUAUUAACCCUGCAAAAGAAUGCAGGCUUCCCUUGUGCUAUCUAAGGCUGAAUUUUUGUUUCAGUUCAGUUUUAUUACUUGAAGUUUCUUUUUCCCAUAUAAAUUAUUUCUCAACUUAAUUAAUUUUAUCAGGUCUCCCCCACCUUGGAAUCAUACAGGAUGUGACCAUGUACUUUUUUUAAUUUGGGGUUCUUGAUAGAAAUUUGUGUACACAGAUAUUGUUGGCUGAGGGUAUAAGCUUUUUAAAUUACAAGAGGGGAAGACUGUGUCGUGAUGUUUUCAUGAUUGCACUCAAAUAAAGCUUUCAUCUCCCUCCA